AAUGCUCUAAAUGAGAAUAUUUUUAUUUGUAAUUUGGGAGAAAUGUUGUCUGUAGUUUAUAGAAUAAAACAACAAUGUUCAUUUUACUCAAACAUAAACCUAUAAAUAGCAAAAUCAGAGAAACUGAUUCAGAAACUGAUUUUUUUUUGCAGAGCUGUAUAUUUACAUGUGUGGAGUUUAGAUCUGGUCAUUUUUUAAAGCCUGUUUUUGUGUGUAUUUGUUUGUAUUUCAGGAUAUCUUCACAUACAUAUAGCUAUAUGGAGGCGAUGAACAUUAAAUCUUCACUGCUCUGCUCUGUGGUGAUUGUAUGGCUGGCUGUCUGUGUGGACUCUCAAUCUGACCAAUCCCGUGUCUUCAUGACGGCUAGAGUGGGUUCCUCGGUGGUUCUGCCGUGUGAAUGGAAGGAUACCCUCAGCCCAAGUCCUCACAUCGAGUGGAGAACGUUUUCUGAGGCGGUGUUUGAGCGUCUGGGGGAGAAGCAUUAUGAGGGGGAGGGGUAUGAAGGUCGGGUUGAUGUUCCUGAAGAUAAACUGAAGAAAGGAAACUGUUCUCUGGUUCUGAAGGAGGUUAAAGCUGAAGAUGCUGGAGUUUAUGAGAGUUACCUGGUGGUGAAACGAGUAAAAAGAGCUCUGAGUUCUAGAAGAGUCUUCGUUCAGAGCGUGGAGCUCUCAGUAGAUGAAUCACCUGAAGACAGAUCUUUUCAACGCUUUGUUGCGACUGCUGAUGCUGGAAUGAUCUCUCCUCACCUGCUGACUGUAGCGUUUAGCCUGUUUUUAUACUUAUUUACUUUACUUUAAGAUCACAGGAAUAUACAUAUAAAUAUAUAUCUUAAUAAUAUAUAGUACAUUUACUUCCAUAAUGCAUAUAUAUAUAUUUAUAUGUACCAGUCAAAAGCCAAAAAAACCUUUUGAUGUAAUGCUUUAUUUUUCUACAUUGUAAAUGAAUCUGUCUAUCUUUCUCUGUCUGUCUAUCUUUGUCGCUCUCUAUUUCUCUCUAUCUCUCUACGUCUAUCUAUCUAUCUGUAUCUCUUUCUGCCUCUCUCUCUCUCUCUCUCUUUCUAUUGAUCUCUAUCUCUCUCUCUCAUAUCUCUCUCUCUCUCUCGUUUGUGUCUAAACGUUUUGACUGGUACUGUACUUAUCAGAUAUUAUAAUAUAACUAAAAUAUGAAUAGCAAUACAUACACUGAAUUUUAUAUAUGUAAAAAAAAAUAUAUAUAUAGGUAAUACGUAAUGAAGUAUAAAACAAUAUAGCUUAACGAGGAGAUGAAUAUAUUAGAGUGAUAUGUUAAAUAGUGUGCCUCAUCUUGGUCACACAUGGAGUGCAUAGCUCAGAUAGGGCUCAUAUUUAACUCUUCAUACUCCCAUCACUGAUAUCUUUAAGUAGAAAUGAAUGUAGAUCCCCUGUACAAAAUGUACUGGAACCAUCUAGGUAAUUUUAACGUCUCGGAGGUCAAUCUUCCAGUCAGAACAGAGUUUCUGAUUUACUGCUUCUGUGAAGCUCAAAUUAAUCCUGCAGUCUGCAGGAAAACUGUACAGAAUACUGUUUAUUGACAGUAAUAUUGCUGGAGCUCCUUCACAACCAGCAGCUCAGUUUCCUCUGCUGAGAAGAGUUUGUUGAACACGUCCAGGUAGCUGCACUGUUACAAUAGCAAUCCACCAAAGACAGAGCUCACCUGAUCUACUCUUAAAGAGAAUGAUGAGCAAGAGACACUCUCUCUUCAAGAGAAUUAGUACAUGACUUGUGUUGUGUUUUGAGCUACGCAUGGUGUACUUGUCCUGCCGUUACGAUAGCAAAGUCACACUGAAAAAAGAAGAACUGUGUAUCACAUAUGAGUGCAUUUGAGCACUUUGAGAGGCGCUACAGCUACUGUACGUUCUGAGGAUCGCUGGACUGAAUCCGAUAUUGAAUUCUGAAUGUAUUUGUGAUGUUUGUAAUGUUUAUUAGGCAGCUCUGAUUAUGGAAAAUUGAAUACAUCAGUUUAUUGUAAAAUAGCUCUGUGUUAUUUAUUUAUGAUGGAAGUUAAAGCUGUAUGAAAUCAAUAAACAGGAAUGUUGAGGUCGCGAAGAGAAGGUUUUAAACUGAUCUGAGCCAUAGCAAUACUCUGUAUAGAGCUUUUCUCUUCUUCUGAGCGAAAGAUUUAGGUUUUUUAAAUUGUAAAAAUUACAGAGGACUCAUUUUUAUGUACAUGACAGAUGUGGUGAUCUUAUUUUUUUAAGUUUCUCAGUUGUAUGGCUUUUCUCCUGUAUAUUUGUGUGUUUGUGCCCCCUAGCUUGU